UCCGUUGUGAUUCAAUGCCAGCCUCCGGAUGUAUCGUUUCAUUCAUUGUUGUUUAACGUCAUUCUCGUGUAAAGGGCAACCCCCUCCGCUCCGAUUCUCUCUUUUCUUCCGUCCCCAUUUCCACAUUGCUCUUGUUGCUAGGAAACCGGAAAUGUGCAGCAGUGAAAUGCUUCCCUCCCAUUAUAUCGACUAAAAGUUGAGUUAAUAAAACUGCGGCAUUAACUAAAUCCCGGAGCAUUAAUAUUAAACAGAUAUAAACCAAUAACUUAAAGAUAAUGUAACUAUUCUGCUGCUGCUGAUCAUAAAACACUUAAAGCACAUUAACCGAUCUGCUUCUGACAGCCAACAUCACGCUAGCUUACAUAGCGUUAGCUCUGCCUUUGACUUCCGACAAUUGUAAAUUAUCUUCAGCUCGACAUACAUGUUUCUAUUUUGGCAGAUAACCGUCUAUCUUCACAAUAACGACCGUGUUUGACUCGGGGUUUUAAUGCAGGUAUCGUGUGUCUCUGCCGAUGUUUUAACAUUACGCACACUUGGCUUGCCGAGGGCUGUCGUCCUCGCGGUCCUAGCGCCGGCCCGCCGCAGCCGGCCAGCAGCGAGCCCCUUGCUCACUGAAUGCUGCCGCGCAGCGAGAGGCGAUUCCAGGCAUUAUCGAUCAACGAUUAAUGUCCUGAUUCGGGUAAGAAAUAUCUUUGUUUCAUUCUCGAACGGGGCAGCUCAUGUUCAGCGAAUCCUUCCCGCAGAACCACGGUCAUUGUGAUGACGACACGGUCGAGUGGAUUGGUGCAGCCGGUCCUAAAGCCAGCCAUUUUGAGUAUCCAGAUGGCCUCUCCUCCGCCUGGUGACCCCCCUCCUGCACAGGACCAAGAGAGCCAUGAAGAGGAAGAGGUGGGGAGGGAUCAGCCUGCAAAAAAACGUGGCAGAGGUCGACCUCCAAAAGCCAAACCAUCCUUCAAAUGCUCCGCAUGCACAGAGGCUUUCCGGAGUCUGGCGGCUCUGCGGAGCCACAAGCUUUCAGCACACGUGAAGGACCGCCAACAACAGCACUCGUGUUCCCAGUGUCCUAAAACGUUCUCAAGCAAGGCUCAACUCUCAAAGCACGAGCGCACUCACUCCGCUCAGCGGUCCUUCCAGUGUCCCGACUGUCACAAGGCUUACAAGACACCCACGGAGCUCCGCAACCACAGCCGCUCCCACACCGGGGAGAAACCCUUCGUAUGCACGGAGUGCGGAAAGGCCUUCAUGCAGGCCAUCUGCCUGAGGAUCCACAUGACGCAGCACAGUGGAGAGCGCCCUUUCUCCUGCCGCCAGUGCUCCAAGAGCUACCCCACCCUGUCCAAGCUGAAGGUGCACACGCGCUCGCACACGGGAGAAAAGCCAUACUUCUGUGCCGAGUGCGGUAAGAGUUUUGCGGAUCCUUCUGUGUUUCGGAAACACAGACGGAACCACCAAGGCCACCGGCCGUACGCGUGUGACGAGUGCGGGAAAACGUACACGGAGCUGAAGGACCUGAAAAACCACGAGCGCUCCCACACCGGAGAAAAGCCCUACCUGUGCUCCGACUGCGGCAAAGCCUUCUCCCGCUCGUCCUCCCUGGCCUGCCACCAGCGCAUCCACUCCCAGAGCAAACCCUACCAGUGCGAGCAGUGUGGCAAAGGCUUCACCCAGCUCUCCUCCUACCAGUCCCAUCUCCGCACGCACUCCGGCGAGAAGCCGUUCCUCUGCCCGCAGUGCGGCAAGAUGUUUUCUGACCCGUCCAGUUUCCGGCGCCACCAGCGAGCCCACCUGGGCUACAAGCCGUAUCCCUGCGAUAAGUGUUCCAAGAGGUUCCGGCAGCCGGCCGACCUGGCCGUGCACGAGCGCGUUCACUCCGGAGAGCGGCCCUACAAAUGCCAGAGCUGCGACAAAGCCUUCGUGGCGUCCUGGGACCUGCGCCGCCACAUGCUGGUGCACACGGGCCUGAGGCCCUUCUCCUGCACCGAGUGCGACAAGUCGUUCGCCGAGCGCUCCAGCCUCAACAAGCACCGGCGCGUGCACUCGGGAGAGAGGCCCUUCAAAUGCCAGGAGUGCUUGAAGUCAUUCGUGGUGUCCUCUAGCCUGCGCAAACAUGAGAGAACUCACCUCGCUGAGCAGGCUGAGCAGCAGCAACAACAACAACAACAACAACAACAGGAGACAGAGGCCGGGGCCGCCUCAGCCUUUACGACCCACACAGCUCUCCCUCAGUUCUCCUGUACUCACUGUGAUGCAACAUUUGGAAGCUGGGAUGAGGUCCAGUCCCACGAGGGCCUUCACCCCGUGGACGGCGGUCCUCCGGCGGCCUCCGGCUCCGCGCCCCUGGGCUCGCAUGUCUGUGAAAGCUGCCGGGCAGAGUUUGACCAGCUGGCCGACUUGCAGGAGCACGAGAAGCAGCAUCCCAAGCCGAGGCCUCACGUCUGCGGCAGCUGCGGCAAAGGCUUCCUCGACAAGUCCGGACUUCGCAAACACCAGAAGAUCCACUCCACCAGCAAGCCUCACAGCUGCCUCCACUGCGGCCGAGCCUUCCUGUUUGCCGCCUAUCUUCGCAAGCACUUGCGAACUCAUGCAAACCCGGCCAAGGAUCCCAGUGAGCUGAACAUUAUUCACACUGAUCCGCUGCCAUCGCCCCCUCCCCCCCCCAGUGAGGCCUCCCCCUCCGCUGCCGAGCCGAGCGCUGCAGCGCUGACCGUCCCCGCGGCUGCACCUGCACCUGCGGCUGCACCUGCAGCUGCAGCUGCGGCUGCACCCGCGGCUGCUUUUCAGACUCUGCCUGAGUACUUGGUCAAAAAAGAGGGACUUUAAGCAGCUUUCUUUCUUUGUUUUUAUUUUAUUUUUUACUGUUCUGGAAUUUUUAUUUCACAAAUAUGGGGUCGUACAUUUUUUGGGGGAUGAUGUGUUUUUCAGGAAUGUUUUUUUUUUUCAAGAAACAUUCAAAAAGCUCAGCAGUCUCAUUUAAGUAAAUUGUCAGCACUUUGUCAAUAUUUUGCAUUGCCAUGAUAUUUACAUGUUACAUUUGAUGUUUAUGUUUUAAAAUAUAUGCUAUAAGUAGCCUACUAAGAAAUCUAUGUUAUCUGUAAUCUCUUCAUACAAAUCUGAUGUUGGAAACAUGUAUGCUGAUCACUUAAUAUGUUGUGAUUUCAGGUAAAUGUGCUUAAUAAUGCUUUUAAUUUACAGUGUGUUGGAACAAAAUGUUACUGUUUUACUGUGUAAGUAUUAACUUUAUUUAAUAUGGGUAAAAAAGAAAGAAAAAAUAACUCUGUUGCAUUCCAAAAUGUCAAAUCAGUUACAUUUUAUACAAAUAAACAUGUAAUGCGUGAA